GAUGACCAAGUGGCUGGAGCUGCUGGACAUAGCAGGGUUCUGCUUAUGUGCUGAAUAUGAGAAAAAUACUGUUACGAUGCAUUUGCUAUGAGUCUCUUCCCCUUUUCGACUUCUAUAUGGAGGAAUUCCCAAAGAGACUGGCUAUCAUAUGAGGUUCCUUUGCUUGUACUCUGGCAUUCUCACUUGAUUAAGGACUUCUCCACAAGGCCAGCUCCUAUAGUGGCAAUUUUUAGUUAUGUUUGGAAGUUCUUUUUUGAAAGACUCAUCCUUUGUGAUCUAUCAACAUGAUCACCCACUAUAUUCAAUUUCCUAACAAAAUGAACUUUGUUUCUCCAAACAUAUUGUGUAGGCUUGUGGGGUACAGGCGACUCUUCUCAUGCUUUCUUUUCAUCCCAUCUGUCCGUUCAAUGAUCUCCAUAUGAUGGGUCCCUGGUUACUUGCAUUCUUUUUUCUUUUCCCCCAUCUUUUCUUUUUUCUUGCCCAUUCAUUAGAGGACCUUCCUUUGAUGUACAUGAGGUUUGGUAUUAGAUGAUGAUUAUUUUUUUCAGAAAAAGGUGUGUUUUCCCAUCCAGUUUUCAACUUUUAGAGCCCUGUGGUGAUUGUGGAGUGGUGCAGAUUGGUUAGAGGAAGAAAGCAACUUCAAGAAUCAUGUUGGAGUGAAAGCUACCUCAAUUGUAGAUAAUCUUUACAAAGGGUGGCUAUCUGCGUAAAAUGCAUUAUCAUCUGACCCUCAACCAGAAGCAGAGAUUUUUGGUUUCUCUUAAAGCUCAAAGGAAAAUUAACUGCAGACCACUUGUAAUCAGAUCUGCAUUAAAGAAGCUCCAGUCAGAUGUUAGUAAUGGUGACAAUGGAGCAACAGAACCUGCUGGGGUUCUUCUUGAGAGACUGUUUGCAAAGAGACAGAAACUAGAAGAGAUGAUGAGUAGAGAUUCCAAUCUUUCUGAUGAUGCUGAACUGAACAUGAACCUCGAAAUCUUGGAAUCGGACAUUCAAGCUGCCUUGUCAGCCCUGAGGAUGAAGGAAGAAGAUCUUCAGGAUGCUGAGAGGAGAGUACUAGUUGAGCAAACCAAAUUAAACCUGACAAAACAAGACUUGGAGAGACGAGAGGAAGAGAUUACUACUGUAUUUGAUAAGCAACUACAAAUGGAAGAAGACCUGAAGAAGGCUAACGGUGACCUAGCUUCUCAAGCCAGACAGAUUGAAGAUCUAAAAUUGUUGGUUGAGGAACAAGGGGAGAAAAUUGCCAGUUUACAAGUUUCACUUUCUCAGAAGGAAGAUGUUUUGGAAAAGCUUGAAAACGAAUUGAUGAUGAAGAAUGAGGAGGCAAGAAUUCUAAGUUCAGCAAUUGACUCCAAAGAACAGCUUUUAUAUGAAGCCAAUGAAGUCAUCAGGGAGCAAGAAACAAAAAUUGAAGCACUUCAACAAGACAUUAAAGAAAAAGAACAUGAUUUAGCUGAGUCACUUAAAAUGAGGAAAGCUGAUGAAGAGAGGACAAAAGUUCUGGAGGCAACCCUUGAAAAGCAGACAGUCGAAUGGUUAAAAGCACAAAAAGAAUUAAAGGAACUGACGGAGCAAGCAUCUCAGAACAUCAAUGAUAUGGAGGAGUCUUUUGAGGAGUUCCAAAGAGUUAGAUCACUUCUUGCUGCUGUAAGAUCUGAAUUGAUAUCUUCACAAGAAUUUCUUGCUUCCUCUCGCAGAAAAAUGGAGGAUCAAGCAUUUCAGUUCGAGAAACAAGUGGCAGAAAUCAAUGAACAGAAAUUCUUAGUGAUGUCAUACUCUGAGAAUUUGAAAGUUGCUCAAAUCAAAGUUGAGAACAAGAGAUCUGAGUUAAGAGUUGCACAUGCUCGGUGCAAGGAACUGGAAACACAAUUAUCAGUAGAGAAAGAAAAUAUAGAACGUUUGCAAGAGGACUUGAGUAGAGAAAGAGCUUCCUUAGAACAAAAAACCCAAAAAGUAGCCUUGCUCCAAAAUGAGCUUCGAGAGAAAGAAAUGGAGUAUAGUGAUAUCCAAAAUCUUCUUCAGGUGAAGGAGUCUGAACUGGUGGAAGCCAGCCUUCAAAUCCAACAUUUGAAAUCUGAGAAGGCUCAUGUUCAGGCCAUCUUGCAAGAAAAAGAUAAUGAUUAUUUCAAUGCUCAGAAGAAAUUAGCUGAGGUUAAUCAUGAUAUUGCAGAGUUGCAAAGGUUAAUAAACAGCAAAGAAGAGCAGCUUAUCCAAACCACAACAAGAUUACAGGAGAAGGAAGAGAAAAUUCAAAUAAUGCAACAUGAUUUAGAUAACACAAAGCUCAAGUACUCAGAAGCAACAUCAAUUGUACAACGAAUAGCCCAACUCACAAACAAGCUGGUUGUUUCUGUGAAAGAUGAAGAGGGCUGCAUUUCUGCUCCUGUGGAUGAGGGAAGUCUGCUUGGUGAUGUGGGGCAUGAUGCUAGUUUCGGGAAGCAGAAACAGCUUGAGACCGAGCUUGAGAUGGUGAAGAAAUCACUGAGACAAAAGGAGAUGGACUUCCUUGCUGCUCAGAAAGCUUUGACUAUUAAGGAGCAAGAGUUCAGAGCAGCUCUGAAAAGGUUGGAUAUGCAGGAAAAAGAACUAAAGACAAUGAAAGAACGGUUACGGGGAGAUGCUGAUGGGCUAAUGAAACUGUAUAGCCUGGCCCAGGAGAGAAUUGGGGGCAGAAGUGUGGGGGACUUGGCAAUUGAAAGGCUUCAGGUUGAGGUGGCCCAGCUGGAAGCUGAAGCUGCAACCACUGCUCUCCAGAAGCUUGCAGAUAUGACUUGUCAGCUUUUGAAAGACCCUGACCCAAAUAUGGAUAUAGGCACUGUUAUGCUGCCAGCAGAAGGUGUGGGUUCUAGUGCAUACUCGUAUGGAAGAAUUAAGGGUCUUGAGGAGGCUGAGAAGGAGGUUGCCCAUCUUUUUGCUUUGACAGAGCAACUUGUGAACGAGGCCAGAAUUAGUGUCACUGAACAGCAGCAUUGAGCAGACAACUGAUCCAUAAAUCUAAUUGAUUGCCUUGUUCAGCAAGAUGACUCCAAUUUUUUCUGAUUUUCCUACAUAUUUAAAAUCUACAAUCAAUAACCUUUGUUGCAAAAAAGAUAAUCCAUCAUAGGUCAAAAUUUCAGCUGGUUUAGAACAUUUCUUAGGUCCUAUCAUACUUUCUUCUUUGAUACUCCCUGUAAAUCUUUGGAAUGUAAGACUCAAAUGAACAAAGAAUUUCUGAGUGAAAGUAUUCCAGGUUGGAUUUUGAUAUCUGAUUACUUGCUGCAGCAAAAUCCAAUAAAAAAGAGGAAGAAAGCUGAAAGUUGCAUCGGGUUAACAAGUUUUCCUGUGGACACAGCCAGAUGUCAGCCACAUUAUUCCUCAAAAUUUCGUUUAAGUUAUCCUUUUUUCCUCAUUGUGAAAUACUCUUGAAUGAUUGUAUAGCUGAUGCUACCUUUUGCUGCUGCUUC